AUGAAUUCUAUGAGCUCAAUGGCUUCGGCCAUUAACAACGAGUACGAUGACUACGAUGACAUGGAAGAGGACGCAUCGACUAAACAACCUGAACAAUCACAUUUCCCAGCACAAAAUCCCUCGUCGGAGCAUUUAAAGCGUUAUGGAAUAGGUGCAAAACUUCUCAUGAAGAUGGGCUACCGAGAAGGUACUGGUUUGGGUGCCAAUGCUGAAGGUAUUGUCAAACCUAUCGAAACCAAAAUGAGACCACAAGGUAUGGGAGUCGGAGCCAUUAAAGAAAAGCCCGGUGAAGAAGAUGAAAAUAUGCUGAUAGACUCAAGUGAAGAAGAUGAGCCUUCCACGAAAACGGAUCUUACUUUGUAUUCGCUUAUAGACGAACUCGAACUUCGCGGACUUGAAGUCUCUCACAAAGUCAAGCUAAUCUCAGACUCGCAGGCGGGAACUGAGACAUCUUCGUUGAAGGAUUUGACACACAAGCUUCAAGGCAUCCAGAUCGAAUGGGAUGAACUUUCCAGCCGACAAAAACUUCUAAACUUUCAACUCAAUCAGGUCUCGAGAGAACUUGAGUCCACGAAGAUCCGACUACGAGAUCGCGAGACGUUCCUCAAUGCUCUUGAAACCUACCAAAAUCAUGAGUCAGAUAGUGAUACUGGAAUUUCCCAGGUCAUUGAAUUUGUGGAUUCACUUUUAACGUUGGAAAUACUGUCGGAGUUUGUCAAAAGUCAAGGCUUGGAAAUUUUCAUUUCAGCUGUGGAACCGUUACUUGAGCCACUUUUUGAUGAGUAUUUUGACACUUCUAUUGAAAAUGAUACACCAUUGCUGUCCGCAUUGAUUCAGAUAUCAAAGAAAUGUCGAGAAUUAGGCGAAAAUCCCGACUCACCAAGCCACUGGGAUUCAUUGAUAUUUCGUCAACUUCAGAAAAAAAUUAAAAACAUAUCACGUAUCCAAACAGAAGACUACUUGGUCACCCUCAACGACAUUUUGUACGGCUGGUUGGUGUCUCCCAUCCUCAUGAACCCCCAAAGUGUUGUAGAGGAGUUGUUUGACAAAAUCGUUAUUCCUUUUUUGAUAGACCAAUUCGACCACUGGUUCAAUGGAGAAAGCGAGAGUCCGCAUGAGCAUUUUAUAGAUUUCCUCAACUCCUUGCAAUUGGACGAUCUGAAGGGAGCAUACCACCUUCUCAACAAUGUUUCCGAGAAGUAUCAAGAUAUGCUAAUUUCUUCCCCCAAAAGAAUCACUGACACUCAAACUAUCCAUCUACUUUUCGACAUUUGGAUUCCACUUUUCCAACUGUACAGUGUCAAGACUCCAAACUUUACUCAAAUACUUUUGAGUGGAAUGCUAGAUUUAUUCGAUACUAUUGAUUUCGUCAACGUGAAAGGCUUCGAACUUGUUUCGACUCUAGUUCAACUAGAGAAUGUGACUGGCAGCUCGGCUGCGAAAAUAAUACUUGAGUUUAAACUCCUCAACCAAUUUCUCUCUUUAUUGAGAUCUCGCAUAAAAAGCGAUGAAUCAAGAGAGAAAAUUGUCAGUUGGAUAUACCAAAUACGAGACGCUUUAGCCACUGAAGAUUUAAAAAAUAGCACGUUGAGGGAUCUGGUAGAAUGGCUGUUUGGUGCCAUUGCGCAAUUAUUGGAGAAUAAAAACCCACCCUUACCCAGCUUAAAAGGAGAGUCGCAUCCACUCAAUAAUGAAUUAUUAUCACUAUUAAUUAGUGGAGAAGAACAGACUACAAAAGUCCAAGGAAUCCCUUCGAACAGCCUUAUAACCCUGUUCAAAGACGUUGUGGAUGAAUAUUGCAAUAACCAUGAUCUUUCCUUAAACAUGACAAGAAACAACCACCUUGAACUGGGAAUGCCAUUAUUGGAAGUGGAGGCACCAUCCGGCCAAAAGCGAACUUUUUAUAUCAAAGACGAUGUGGUAUGGGCUACUAAUAGCUAUUCGAGGUACGACAAAGGUUCGCCGAAAGAAUUCAGUGCCAUCAGCAUUGAAAAUUUGCACCCAGAUUUGCAGCAAUGA